AUGGCUGAAAAUGGUCCAAAAGAGCCUCCGAUACAAACAGUAAGUGGAUUACCACCAAAUCAUAAUCCGUGGCUCUAUAACAUGAAUAUGUACCAUCAAUAUAAUGGAUAUCAUGGUGGUGUGUAUCCACCAUAUUACAACCAGUACUUUAACCCGAUGGUUAACAACGGAGGUUUUUCUAACAAUAAUCCUCAUCAAUUUCAUCAAAAUAAGGAUCAGAAGAUUGAUAUAAGUCAUCCCCAAUUCUCAAAACCACCUCCAACUGCCCCUUUACUUGGUAUGUCUCCCCUUGAUACCAAUCGUCCAUUCUUUAACCAGUCUCCCAUUAGGUUCAAUCUCAACAAUAUGAGAAAGCCACCACCUCUACCUGUAAAUGAAAAUCCACUUCUUUCCAAUAACAAUGGCCCUAAAAAGAAACGCAAGAAGCCAAACAAUAAAUUCAAUGAAGAUAACACUGAAGAUUCAAAUGAAAUCCUGCCCCCACUCCCUGACCAUCCUCCUCCAUUGCCACCCCUCCCUCCACCGGAAAUCCCCAAGCCCCCUCCUCCUCCUAUUGAUGUACCACUGCCGCCUCCAGUGGCGACAGAAGACAUACCUCAACCACCAGAACCAGAAGAGUUCAAAUUCUUUAUGAAUGAAAGUAACGUUGAGGCACAAAACAAAAAUGCCUCUAAUUUAUUUAAUGAUCCAGAUUCUAGAAACAAUUGGCCUGAAAGCUUAGAGAGAUAUAUCAAAAGAUGUUAUGAAAAAUGUAAAUCUGCAUUUGAUCGUGAUCAAAUUGAUAUAUGUCUAAAAGGAAGAAUAACUGCAGCUGCCAAUAAAGAUGAAAUAUGGACUAGGAAUUGGGAUGAGGAACCAAUUCCAAGUGUUCACAGUGAAAGAAAUAAUCUGGCUGUAAAGCCUGUGCGUGGCACAUUAAAUUUGUAUCAGAAGGUAGAAAAUGCUACGGAACCUCUUAAAAGUCGUGGUUCAAUAAAUACUCGGGGUUUUAAUGGUCAUAAGAACUCUCCACAGCGCAGGAGACGCCCUAGCACUAGGAGCAGGUCUAAGUCUCGGAGCCCUCCUAGGAAAAGGCUAAGCGCCUCUUCUGCUUCUGGUGAUGAGGUUGAUGACAAAAAAAUUGUAAAAGGCAAAGGGCGUCAGAAAGUUAAAGAUAGAUUGUCUUUAGAUCAAAAGAAAAAUGAUAAACCUUAUCACAAAAACACAAACAAAAAGAAACAAUCAUUUGACCAAUUUGUUGUUGAAGAUUUCCAGGGUAAUGCUGAAAAACUGCAGAAAAGAGCUGAACGUUUUGGUAAUACAGGUGUUCCUUCCAUAGCAAGCUCUUUACAGGGUGGAAUCAAGAGGCAAGAACCAACUAUACGUAGACCAAUUAUUCAGGAUGCUGAUGGUGACUAUGAAAUCAAUAACAUGCACAUAGUGGGCACUUGUCUGGACAUUGAAAAGUCAUUUUUAAGAUUGACAAGGGCACCAGAAGCAUGUGAAGUUAGACCUGUGACAGUUUUAAGAAAUUCCCUUAAAUAUGUUAAAGAUAAAUGGGUAGAAAAACAAGAUUACACAUAUACUUGUGAUCAGUUAAAAUCUAUUAGGCAAGACUUAACUGUACAAGGAAUUCGAGAUGAGUUCACUGUAGAAGUGUAUGAAACACAUGCACGAAUUGCUCUUGAGAAGGGUGAUCAUGAAGAGUUUAAUCAGUGUCAAACUCAACUCAAAAUGCUGUACAGUGAAUUGCCUGAUUGUAAAAGUAAUGCUCCAGAAUUUACAGCUUACAGGAUAUUGUAUUAUAUUUUCACUAAAAAUACCUUAGAUUUAACCACAAUUUUUAAGUUUCUUUCAAAGGAAGAUAGAGAAAAUAAGUGUGUCAAACAUGCACUUCAAACCAGAUGUGCUUGGGCUACAGGAAAUUUACACAAAUUUUUCUUGCUAUAUAGAGCAGCCCCUAUGAUGGCGGGAUAUCUCAUGGACUGGUUUGUUGAACGAGAACGAAAGCAGUACCUGAAAUACAUCUUAAAGUCCUACAGACAGAGUGUUCCUGUGGAUUUCAUCAUUCGAGAGUUGGCGUUCGAUUCAAGCUCUAAGGCAAUUGAAUUUCUAAGUCAAUUCAAACUUUCAUAUACUGACUGCGAUCAAUCUCAAUUAGAUUGCAAAGCCAGUCUUCCAGCUGUUCAAAGUCUUUAA